AUGUACGUGGCUUUCUCAGCCUCUCUGUUGGCUUCAGGCUCAGGAACUAUCGGACCAUUUAACACUCAGACUAAUCUGGUCUUCAGAUACGUCUUCUCAAACAUUGGGAAUGCCUACAACCCAAACACAGGUUUUUUCAUUGCACCGGUGAGAGGAGCCUACCACUUUGAGUUCCACGUAUACGGUCCCGGUGAUCCGUCACAUGCUUCAGGUGCUGUGUUGUUCAAGAACAGAGAGAGAGUUUGUAUUGCAUAUGAACACCAGUCUUCAGGUGGGGUAAAAUCUUCUAAUGGUGCCACGCUGCUUCUAGAGGUCGGAGAUGUUGUGUUUUUGCGUUUGUGGGAAAACUCCAAGAUACAUGACAAUUCCAAUCAUCAUAGCACCUUUAGUGGUCAUCUACUUUUCACCAUGUGAACAAAUAAACCGUGGUUGUUGUGUGUCAGUACUUGUUGAA